UUCACAUACACGUGCCAACCCUUCCUCUAAUAUAUAACAAAAAAACAUUGUACAUCACCCUAUUGUAGUAAUAAUGUCUGAAGAAAACGUCGGAUUACAGCACACAACAAACUCGGAUUUCCGCUUUCUGGCAACAGCAACGGGAAUGUUGCACCACAUCAACAAUCGAGCGCACCACCAACCGAUCAGCCACACUAACCCUGGACUACGAUUUCAAGUCGCCAAUAUUCCUGCACACCCCGGAAUCCGCACAACAAACGCGGUAGACACGCGUUGGGGCAACAAAGUGCACGUCCAAAUCCUGCUCACCUCCAUAUCAACAACAAUCCACGACAGAAUCCACGCCAAAAGCCAAAUAAACGAGCGGUCCGACCACGCUGUGCAUCCGGGGAUCCGCGUGGAUAUCCCAAACGGGGCCAUUGGCGUUACAAUGAUGGGUUCCACGCGCUUCAAGCACCUGGAACUGUCAACCGGCCACGGCCCCGCGCAUCUCAGUGACGUGGCGGCCGAUAUAAUUAAACUGGCUGCGCACAACGGGAACAUCACCGUUCACGAUAUCGAGGCCACAGGUGCUGUGGAGAUCAUCGGCAAGGCCGCGUGGAUGGACAUUGACGAUUUGCGCGCCGCGUCCCUGACCGCCACCAGCGCCGAUGCCAUAAUCAGUCUGAAGGACAUUGAUGCUGCCGCAGUAUCUGCCACCACUACCAAUGCGCGCAUCGGCCUGGGAAACGUCAAGGCCGGCACGCUUGAGGUCUCCACAUGCAACGGCGAAGUGGUCGCCACCAACGUUUACGUCGCCGCGUGCAAUGUGAAGGUCGUCAAGGGAAAUAUUGAGGGCAACUGGUGCCCGACAAAAAAGCUGUAUCUCUCCACGAGCGAUGCCAAAAUUGUCGCCCAGGUGCAUUUGAACUCGGAUGAGCCGCUGGAGAUGGUGCUGGUGUCGAAAAACGGUCCUGUCCAGCUUGACUUGCCGGCGACUUUUGUCGGCGGCUUCUUCUUGCAGACUACAGGCUUUUUUAAGACAUUUGUGCACACCCAUCCGACUGUCAAAUCCAGCCCAGUGCUGCAUAUCUCAAAGCCAGAUAACAAGGCGGGGUUUUAGGAGACAGUGCGUCGAAGCGUCAUUCCCUGCGCAUUAUCACCGAGGAAGCCCCGUCAAUGUCAAUUUUGGCAGCAUGUAAUGAAUAAAAACGGAUAGGGAGACUAGCCAAAGUAAACAUUUUAUAAUGUGGCCUGAAAUAUGGUAAUGUAUUUUUAUUAACCGCCAGAAAUAAUUUUAAUUUAUUUUUAAUAU